UCCCAUCCCCUGCCUCCACCCUCCCGCGCCGCCGCGCGCAGGCCUCUCGAGCCUAGGGUUCCCGCUCCCAUGGCCCUCCCCUCGCACCCCGCGUUCGCCUCCCUGGCCGCCGCGUGCGCGGUCCUCGUCGGCGUCGCCUUCGCGUCCGUACGGGGCUGGAUCCGCCCCUACGGCCGGACCCACGCCGCCGGGGCGGUCGUCAGCACGCUGCUCGGCACCAACGCCUUUGUCCUGUACACCGACGACGGCCCCGAGGCCGGCGGGAAGGCGGCGGCGGAGCGCCUCCUGAUCGACGGCGAGGACGCCUGGCCGCUCCUGUUCGUCGUCGCUGGCUGCGUCCUCGGCUGCGUCGUCGUGUCCGUCUUCCGUGCCUGCGUGGAGGCCUCCGGCAGGAGGAGGAGGAGGAUGGUGCCGCUUGUGCCUGGAAGGAGCGGGCGCGCUGGGCGGAGGGCUACCGGCUGCAGCUGGGACACCCUUGUGGAGCCUAUGCUCUUCCUUGUCUCUGUUUGGGCAUGCGUCUACUGCCUCCCUGGCGUGGCCGGCGACCACAUUGCUGCUCUGCCGAAGGGCGGGGAUCCUGCAGGUGCCGGCAUAGUGUGUGAUCAUCCAAGGUGUCAAUCUUCAUACGUGGCAUUUUGAUGGAGUAAAAGCGCUCUAGCUUCCUUUCUGUGAGUCGUUGGAGUAACAAGAUUCAAUGCUACUACACGUUUCCAGUUGUUUGUGCCCUCAAACCAUUUUGGAACAUACGGCAUAGUUCAACUAGGAUAUGGCUAUCGUCCAUCAGUCCAUGUAGGUGUUACAAACAUAACCGGACGACGAGCUUCAGUUUUGAAACUUAAAAGUUCAGGAAGUUCUCUAGAUACUUCA